GGGAUAAAGGAGGAGGAGCCCCAACAGCUCCGCCCACUGGGUGAGUAAUGGAAUCUUAUAGCCAGUUCAUCUGAGUGUCGUUGGCAUUGGAGAGCAAUCCAAUCCAUUCGGUUGGUCAGUCUGACUCCUGUGCCAGUAUCAUUCCUGCUCUUAUUCACGGACUCAGUAAGGAUUUAUAUGUGACUUUUCAUCCUGUAUCAGAGCCUGUCGGGGUGACAGUUCCUGCGCUGCUGCUCCUUCUAUUCCUGCAUUCCCUGACACAAUGAAUCCCUACAUAUAUGUAUAAAAUGUGAUAAUGAUUUCUCAUGCUUGUAUCUCUGCCAGACGGGGAAUAUGAAGAUAAGAGAGAGAUUCCAGCUGAUCUGGGAGGAACAUUAUGUUAUAAUAAUGAGCCAAGCAAGAUUGGGGCUGAAGGAGCAGAUGGAAAUCCCACAAGCCCUGAAAUGUCUCCAGCAGAACAGGCCUCACUGGCCAAUGGGAAUAAAGAGGAGGCAGCUUCAUGGGAAGAGGGAAACCAACCAGAUUACAGCAUUAAUUCCCUCACAGAACAGAUACGGGGAACAGACACACCUACUCCUAUCAUGGGGUGCCGCCUCAAUUCCAGCUUGUUAGACAGUUAUAUAUUACAUGGUAUUGCAGCAGGACCAGCUUUAUAUCAAGGGGGAAACCAUUCAGAGUACGGUGUUAAUGUAUUUACAGACCCGAUACAGGGAAGAGACAGCCCUACUCCUAUCAUCCAAUACAGCCUAAUUAAUAGCUCAAAUGAAGUGUCAAGCGCAUCCCAACAAGGACGCACAAUACAAGGAAUAUACACGUGCGCUGAGUGCCAUAAGGGUUUUUAUCGACAGAUCGACCUCAUUAAGCAUGAGAGGAUUCACGCGGUGGAAAAGCCGUUCUCCUGCGAUGAAUGCGGGAAAUGUUUUACCCUUCGCUCCAACCUUAACGCACACAAGAAGAUUCACACGGGGGAGAAACCGUUCUCAUGUUCUGAAUGCGGCAAAGCUUUUAUCUAUCACUCGUCUCUGCUCUCCCACAUGCAGAUUCACAAAAGACUGAAACCGUUUUCUUGCUCCGAAUGCGGGAAAUGUUUCACGCGCCGCGCCUACCUCACUGUGCAUCAGAUGAUCCACUCCGGGGAGAAGCCGUACUCUUGCUCUGACUGCGGGAGAAGCUUCACGCAACGCUCGUAUCUCAUCGUGCAUCAGAGAAAUCACACGGGGGAGAAGCCAUUUUCUUGUGCCGAAUGCGGGAAAUGUUUUACCCUGAGCUCGAACCUCAACGUGCAUCAGAAAAUCCACACGGGGGAGAAGCCGUACUCCUGCGCCGAAUGCGGGAAGUGCUUCACGUACCACUCAUCUCUUAUUUCCCAUCAGCAGGUUCACAAACGACUGAAACCGUUUUCAUGUUCGGACUGCGGGAAAUGUUUCACCCGUCGAGCCUACCUUAAUAUCCAUCAGAGGAUUCACUCCGGGGAGAAACCGUUUUCUUGUUCCGUUUGUGGGAAAUGUUUUGCGCAACGUUCGUACCUUUUAGCGCACGAGAAGACUCACUCGGACGACAAUCCCUUCUCGUGUCCCGAGUGCGGGAAAUGCUUCGCACAGCGCACGUACCUUAAGGCGCAUCUAAAGAUUCACUCGGGGGAGAAACUACACUCUUGUUCUGAGUGCGGAAAGUGUUUUCUACUACGCUCGCGUCUCAUCGUGCACCAAAAAAUCCACACGGGAGAAAAACCAUAUUCCUGCCCCCAGUGCGGCAAAUGUUUUACGCGCCGCGCGCAGCUCGCCCUUCAUCAGAACAUUCACACCGGAGAGAAGCCGUACUCUUGUUACGAGUGCGGAAAGUGUUUCACGGAUCCCUCCACCCUUAACGCACAUCGGAAAAUCCACACUGGCGAAAAGCCGUACUGUUGCCCCGAAUGCGGGAAAUGUUUUGUGCGGCCGUCGAGGCUCGCGGCUCAUCAGAGAAUUCACACCGAGAAAAGCUUUGGUCUUGUCCUGAAUCUGGCAGAUGUCUCGUUUAAGUACAAGUUCUUUGACGUAAGUGCAACAGAGUCUUCCGACAACAAUGCUGAGUCCUGUAACAAAGUGUGCGUUGAGGUGCGCGAGCUGCGUGAAGCCUUUGCCGCACUCGGAGCAAGAGUACGGCUUUAUCCCAAUGUGACUCCUCUGGUGCAGGAUGAGCUGCGACCGAUACGUGAAACACUUGCCGCACUUGGAACAAGAGAGCGGUUUGUCCCCGGUGUGACUAAUCUGGUGCACUGUGAGGGAGGAGAGGCGCGAGAAACACUUGCCGCACUCGGUGCAAGCGAACGCUUUCUCCUCGUUGUGAAGUUUCUGGUGUUCGCGCAGCUCCGAGCUCCGGGGAAAAGCCGUGCCGCAGACGGAGCAGGGAAAGGGUUUCUCCCCUCGGUGACUGCUCUGAUGCGCAUUAAGAUCAGAGAGGUGAGUAAAGCAUUUCCCACACUGAGCGCAAUCAUACGGUUUGGCGCCUUCGUGGAACUUGCGAUGCACGUUGAGGAGCGACAGGCGCGGGAAACAUUUCCCACAUUCAGAACAAGAGAAAUUACUUUUGUCGGAAUGGGAAUGUGGGAGGAAGCGAGUGACCCAGUGAUGGGGAAGAAGGAUAAAAAUGAGGAGCGGAAGGAGAGAAUCCUGAAUCUCACACUGGAGAUUAUCUAUCUGCUGACUGGAGAGGGCUACGUCAUCCCUAAGAAGAAGAGCCCAACUGUGGGUUUGGGGGCCCUGCAUGCCCCUGGCUCCGUCAUACAGAAGGAAAAUGACAAGAAGAUCCUGGAACUCAUCUCCAACAUCAUCCAGCUGCUGACUGGAGAGGUUGCCAUAAGGAGUGAGGAUGUUUCCAUCUAUUUUUCCUUGGAGGAGUGGGAGUAUAUAAAAGGAAACAAGGCCCUUUACAGGGAAGGGAUAAAGGAGGAGGAGCCCCAGCAGCUCCGCCCACUGGACGGUGAAUAUGAAGAUAAGAGAGAGAUUCCAGCUGAUCUGGGAGGAACAUUAUGUUAUAAUAAUGAGCCAAGCAAGAUUGGGGCUGAAGGAGCAGAUUUUUGUGCCGACGGAAAUCUCACAAACUCUGAAAUUUCUCCAGUGGAACAGCCGCCACCGGCCAAUGGGAUUAAAGAGGAAGUGGGAAACCAAUCAGAUUGCAGCAUUAAUCCCCUUACAGAACAGAUACAGGGAACAAACACACCUACUCCUAUCAUGGGGUGCAGCCUGAAUAACAGCUCGGCAGAUAAUUAUAUAUCAACUGAUGCAGAUGAGGAAGAGGCAUCAUGGGAAGAAGGAAACCUCUCUGAUUUCAGAAUUAUUACUGUUCCGGGCUCCGUGCAGGAAACCAAUACCCCUCACCCAAUCAUGGGCUGCAGCUUGGCGCAAUACUGGUCUGUGGGCGGGUCUGGCAGUAAGUCACAGGCUGUACAUGGGAUGGAGAGCAUUCAUGUCGGUAGACACGAGAGAUCUCGCAAGAGAGAGAAGCCAUUUUUCUGUCCGCAGUGUGGAGACUGCUUUACAACCGGCUCUCAGCUCAAGUCGCACCUGAAGACGCACGACGGGAAGAAAACGUUCUGUUGCUCCGAAUGCGGAAAGUGUUUCUCGCGCCGCUCAGAGCUGAACAGGCAUCUCCGGAUCCACGCCAGAACCAAACCCUUCUGCUGCCCCGAAUGUGGCAAAUGUUUUAAGCGCCACUCGGACUUCUACUCCCAUCAGAUCACACACACGGGGGAGGAACCCUUCCAGUGCCCUCAGUGCGGGAAAGGCUUCACGCGCGGCGCCUACCUGAACGCCCACCUGAGAAUGCACGCGCGCAAGAAACUCUACUCCUGCUCCGAAUGUGGGAAAUGUUUUACGGAUCACACCCCCUUCAUCAUGCACCAGAGGACUCACACCGGGGAGAAACCGUUCGUUUGCUCCGAGUGCGGCAAAGGCUUCGCCCAGCGCUCAAACCUCACGUCCCAUCAGAAGAUUCACAGCGGGGAGAAACCGUUCUCCUGCUCCGCCUGCGGCAAAUCAUUCAAACGCCGCACCAACCUCAGGGUACAUCAGAGAAUCCACACCGGAGAGAAGAUCUUUUCAUGCCCGGAAUGCGCCAAAUGCUUUACGGACCGCUCGAACCUUAACGUCCAUCUCCGAACCCACACGGGGGAGAGACCCUUUUCCUGCUCUGAGUGCGGGAAAUGCUUUGCGCAGCGAGGGGACCUUAAAAUACACCGCAGGCGAAUGCACCAGUAAAUGUACUAAACAGCGGGCCAAUCAGGGUAAGAGAAGGGCAAGUGCCUAUUGGCUGCCCCAGAAUCCCAUUCUGAAGGGGAAAGUGUUGCUGUGAGCACUUAUACACGUGGAACUACGGCAAUGUAUUUAUAUAUAUAUAUAUAUAUUGUAUAGUGCUCUAACGAGGAGCCUGACGAACUUGCUACGAUUACAGAUCUGAAAAAAAGAAGAGCAUAUAAUAAUGGCCAUCUUGGCUGAUCUGUUCUAAGCCUAUUGCACUUGGCCGCCAUUAUCUCUUGAACCACUUAAAGGAGAAGGAAAGGCUAAUAAAGAGUUAAUCCCAA